AUGGCUUUGAAAAAAGUCAAAGGGAACCUGGAAAGGAUGUUCGACAAGAACCUGACCGAUCUGGUCCGCGGGAUCCGGAACAACAAAGACAACGAGGCUAAAUAUAUAGCGCAAUGUAUAGAAGAGAUCAAACAAGAAUUAAGGCAAGAAAAUCUUGCCGUAAAAGCAACAGCUGUCGCAAAAUUAACUUACCUUCAAAUGCUCGGGUACGACAUGAGCUGGGCAGGGUUCAAUGUGAUAGAAGUAAUGAGCUCACCUAAGUUCACAUAUAAACGGAUAGGAUAUCUUGCAUCAAGUCAAAGUUUUCAUGCAGAUACAGAGCUCUUAAUGUUAACCACGAACAUGGUCAGGAAAGAUUUAAACUCGCAAAAUCAAUAUGAUGCAGGACUAGCACUUUCUGCGCUCUCGUGUUUCAUAAGCGCCGACCUUGCGAGGGAUCUGUCAAACGAUAUAAUGACACUACUGACGUCUACGAAACCCUAUCUUCGGAAAAAGGCAGUACUUAUGAUGUACAAAGUGUUUCUAAGAUAUCCUGAAGCUCUGAGACCAGCGUUUCCAAGGCUAAAAGAGAAACUGGAAGAUCCUGAUUCAGGUGUCCAAUCCGCUGCUGUGAAUGUGGUUUGUGAACUUGCUCGCAAAAAUCCCAAAAAUUACCUGAGCCUUGCCCCAGUAUUCUUCAAAUUAAUGACAACAUCUACUAACAACUGGAUGCUUAUAAAGAUCAUAAAACUUUUUGGUGCGUUGACUCCUCUCGAGCCCAGACUCGGUAAGAAACUUAUCGAGCCACUCACCAACCUCAUCCACAGCACUUCAGCAAUGUCACUACUGUAUGAAUGUAUUAAUACUGUCAUAGCAGUUCUCAUCUCCAUAUCGUCAGGAAUGCCAAAUCAUAGCGCAUCUAUACAGCUGUGUGUUCAAAAGCUGAGGAUUCUUAUUGAAGACAGCGAUCAAAAUUUAAAAUACCUCGGCCUUCUCGCAAUGUCGAAGAUUUUGAGGACGCAUCCAAAAUCUGUGCAAUCUCAUAAAGAUUUAAUAAUGGCCUGUUUGGAUGACAAAGAUGAGUCGAUAAGGCUUCGAGCUUUGGAUCUCUUAUAUGGGAUGGUUUCUAAAAAGACCCUUAUGGAAAUUGUAAAGAAGCUUAUGGUGCAUAUGGACAAGGCUGAAGGGACUACGUAUCGUGAUGAGCUACUUUCAAAAAUAAUUGAUAUUUGCUCGCAGAAUAAUUAUCAGUACAUAGCCAAUUUCGAGUGGUAUGUCAGCGUUCUCGUUGAGUUGACGAGGAUGGAGGGCACGCAGCAUGGAAAGCUAGUCGCUUCGCAGAUGGUCGAUGUCGCUGUCAGGGUUCAGGCUAUAAGGCCUUUUACCGUGUCACAGAUGUGCCUCCUUUUAGAAAACAGCCACCUUUUGGCGCAACCUCCUGCAAAAAUGGCUGACGUUUUAUACGCAGCAGCUUGGAUCUGUGGAGAAUAUUCUUGUCAUUUAGAAAAUCCAAAAUUGACAUUGGAAUCGCUUCUUAACGGUAGAAUAACAGGAUUACCGGCUCAUAUCCAAACAAUUUAUGUUCACAAUAUCCUCAAAGUUUUCUCAAAAUUACUAUCAACAGUUGAAACUACAGAAUCAAUCGAAAUAUGCAGUAUGGUGAUAGAGAAGCUGCCUCAGUUCGUUAGCUCCGGGGACCUCGAGGUCCAAGAAAGGGCUUGCUCUGCGCUUGAACUUGUAAAGUUUGUAAAGGCCAGCCUUGAAAAGGGCGAGACAAAAGUCGUUCAUGCCGUCAACGAUCUUUUCGUCGGGGAGAUGAACCCUGUUGCUCCGAAAGCUCAACGGAAAGUUCAAGUACCUGAAGGGUUGGAUUUAGAUGCGUGGAUUAAUGAACCUCCGUCCAGUUCUUCGUCAUCUGAGGACGAGGAGGAGCCUCAUUCUGAAAAUAAACUUACAGGAAUCUUCAGUGUAGAUAACACAUCUGAAAUGGAGUAUGUCCAGGAGCCGACGACUGAAGAAUUGGACAGAAUGCGAGAGGCGAGGAAACAGGAACAGGCAAUGAACCCUAACUACCUGAAAGGCAGCACGAAUAGCACUAAGAACAUUCCAGUCGUCCCCAUUGAUCUGACAGUCCCGCUUAUAAUCCCUGGUCUAGCAACUUCCGAUAAGUACCUUAAGAAGAAAUCGAAAGAAGAGAGGAAGGGUAAAAACAAGAAGAAGAAGAAAAUAAAAAACAAAGAAAACGCUGAAAAUGGUGAUGAGUUUGAACUUAAGGCCGAGGAUGAACCGGAAAAGAUGGUCGAAGUCUACGUGGGAAGUGGAGAAAUGCCAGAAGGAGCACAAGACUCCGGUGAAGAAGGGGCUAGCAACAGCAGAAGAGAGCUCGAUGAUCCUCAUCGUGCUCUGGACAUAGAUUUAGAUGAGCCGUUUCAUGUUGAAGAAACAAAACCAUCGCCAAAAUCAAACUCAGGUCUUAUGUCUUCGGCCGUAUCCCUCGGUGAUAAAUCAACAAAGAAAUCCAAGAAAGACAGAGAGAGAAAAUCAAAACACAAGGUUAUUAGCAACGAUAUGCUUUUAACUGACUAUCAUGAGGUCUUGCCUCCCACCGAUGAGAGUGUGACAAAGAAGAAGAAAAAAGAGAAAAAACACUCAAAACAUACAGAAGAAGAAAAAUCAAAGAAAUCUAAGAAAAGUAAAAAACGCAAAGAAAACCAAACAGAAGAGCCAUCAAACUCAUAUGUAGAUUUAGUGCCUUUAAAAGAUGGCUAUGAGGAAGCCCUCGGCAUAAGUACGCCUUCGAAGGAAAUUCAAAUAUUAGGCGGUGGUCCCACUUUAACAAAACUUGCGAGUAAUAAGACUGUAAAUAUUGAUUAUCAUUUACGACCACUUGGGGGAUUUGAAAGCCAAGCAGUGGCUUAUCUCGUGAUUACCAAUAAAGGACGAGAUCUUGUGAGAGACAUUGAAAUUAAUGUUUCUCAAACAGAUGAAAUACAAUUAAUUAAUGAGAUGGGAAGGGUGGAAGUCAGAAGGAAGCUGGGACUUGCGUUAGCAGGGGGUUGCAGCGGUGAAACAGUGCUGACUCUCAGAGUCAACGACAUUACGGCGAAUAACAGGCUUCGAGCCACUAUAUCUUAUAUCCACCAGAAAAAUAAAGAAAGCCUAGAAGACAAACUGGAUGUUUGGAUUUGUGUGCCGGUCAGCGUUUUCCUGACAGGACACCUUACCCAACCCUAUGCGGAACUUCUGCAAUCUGGGAGCUUAAACCACUCGACUACGCUUGAGCUGGAUGAGAUUUCUUCUGAUUUUCAGCAGAUUCUAACAAAAGCGUGCAGGGAAGGAGGAAUGACUCUUGUUGAAAGGGUUGACAAGACAGCUUCCUUGUACUGCAGAUGUACAACAGGCCAUGGUCAGGUGUGCCUCCUGUUGAAACAAAAUGGGCUCAACUCGCACCUAACAAUCGACGCCAAGUCUGAUAAGGAAGAGCUGAUGAACGCCGUUGUUUCCAGACUCAGGUCCUUAUUUACCUGAUUUUUUGUACAAAGCCACUUUGUUAUCACAAAUUUUAUUUACCUACAUGUACGCCUAAUAAACCCAGUUAUAUUAUUUGUUUUUAUCAUAGUUUAUGG